UGAUACUUCUCGCCCGAAUAUUAUUGGUAUGACCGCUAGACGUUUAACUGAAGAUGAGCGCAUAAUUUACAACAGGAUUAAGCGUCGAGGGCCCUCCAACCCAGAUGCAUACCGAAUACCGCCAAUCCGCUGUAACGAAGGAGACACACUGUGGCGAAAACAUGGAAAAAACUGGUCAAACGUUGGAGUACUUAUCCACGGAAAGAUGUAUUCACUUGAUAAAAAAGGUGGUGAACGCGCACUUGUGGAACCUAUAGAGGGUGAUAUAAUACAGCGCCUUCCAUCUCCGGGGUCCAGUCCACAACAUGUUCAGCAUAUUGGGACAUUCUGGAGACAUAUGUGGCUCAUACCGGCUCUACUUCUUAAACCUGGAGAACAAUUGGUUGAACCAUAUGAACUGGGCGAUGUCCUCAAUGUUCACCUAUAUCCCGAGGGUCAAAUACUGAGACAUGGUCCCUAUCUUGUUGUAUCCGUUAUUCAUUCUAAAAAACCGACUACUAAAUCUACAGGAUUUAGACCUUUGAGUGAUGAUGAGCUCGUGAUUUACGACAGGAUUGAGAGUCGAGAGCCUACCUCCCCAGAUGAAUAUCGAUUACCGCCAGUUCACUAUAUGAAUGGGGAUACACUGUGGCAAGAACUUGAUGGACACUGGCAUCAGGUUGGGAUAGCUGCUUCCGGAAAUAUGUACACAAUAAAAUCAUUUAAUAAAGGUCGCAAAUACAUCAUUAUAAGGCCUGUCGAUGGUGAUGUAUUGAAGCGUCCUCCACAUCAGGGGGCUCCUGUAGAGCAGCACAUCGUUAUUGCAACGUAUUGGAGACAUAUAUGGCUCGUACCAGCUCUGCUUCCUAAAGCUGGGGAAGAUCGGAAGAUCGUUCAGUCCGUUCACGUGAUCGGCACAGCAGACAGUGACGAUCUGAACAUUCUAUGGCUCAUUGUGAACGUUACCGAAGCAGAUCUCCUCAUGGGCAUCGUAGAGAACGUUGAAGCAGGAGCCGAUCGAGAGACAUCUCGAGAUCUGGAGAACGUCGUAGACGAAGACGCGGUACCAGGAGCCGAUCGAUAUCUGGAGAGCGUGGAGGAAGUAGACGCCACACCAGGAGUUGCAGCUGAUAUAUGUCGAGAUCAAGCUCUGCUAGCAGAAUUCUGGAAAAUGCAGGACAGGGUGAGUCAGAUUUUGCUGCAUUGGCCGAGGUGCUGA